AUGUCUGACCAAGCUUUGGCAAAUAAGCGCAAAUUGGAAGAACAAACCAGUGAUGGAGAGGAUCAACGUGAAAAGAAGAGCUUGAAAACAAGCGCCAAAGAAGAAAGCGAAGACGAAGUGGAUAAUGAAGAAGAAGAAGAGGAAGAAGAGGAUGUUGAAGAAGAAGAAGAAGAAGAAGAAGAAGAAGAAGAGGGAGAGGUGGAUGACGAAGAAGCUCCUGUUGAAAGCAACUCUUCCAGUAGAAAUGAAGCUUCUCACAGAAAGCAUGGCAGUAGUGUUGGUAGUAGCAGUAAGAAGCGUGAUGAUGAUGCAGCUGUUUCCGAUGACGACAAAAGUGAUAUUUCUGAGGAUGAAUUAAGUGCUCUGGAUACAAGCAACAUCAUUUCUAGUGGUAGAAGAACGCGUGGAAAGAAGAUUGACUUUAGCAAGGUUCAAACGGAGGCUUUUGACGACGAAGACGACGAAGACGAUGAAGAGUAG